CAGCGCGAAAGGAGCGUCCGAAAAGAAUGGUGGCCUCCACCGCUCCAUCCAACCUCCUCUACUCCCCCUCCCUCCGCCCCCCCUCCUCCCUCUUUCGCCGCCCCUCUUCCCUCCCCCGCCGCCAUCCCCCACCGCCGCCGCUGCCGCCUCGUCGUGGUCGCCGCCCAGACCGGCGGCGUGGGUGCCAAGCCCACGGUGCUGGUCGCGGAGAAGCUCGGCGAGGCCGGGCUCGAGCUGCUGAAGGAUUUUGCCAACGUCGACUGCUCCUACAACCUCAGCCCCGAGGAGCUCUGCACCAAGAUCUCGCUUUGUGAUGCCCUGAUCGUCCGCAGCGGGACCAAGGUCGGCCGCGAGGUCUUCGAGUCCUCCGGCGGCCGCCUCCGGGUCGUCGGACGCGCCGGGGUCGGCAUCGACAACGUUGAUCUCGCCGCCGCCACCGAGCAUGGGUGUCUUGUUGUGAACGCCCCCACGGCUAACACCGUUGCUGCUGCCGAGCAUGGGAUCGCUCUGCUCGCUGCCAUGGCCCGCAACAUUGCUCAGGCUGAUGCUUCCCUUAAAGCCGGUAAGUGGCAGCGCAGCAAAUAUGUUGGUGUAUCACUUGUUGGGAAAACACUUGCUGUGUUGGGAUUUGGAAAGGUUGGAUCAGAAGUUGCACGACGUGCUAAAGGGCUAGGGAUGCAUGUGAUUGCACAUGAUCCAUAUGCCGCUGCAGACCGUGCUCAUGCUAUAGGAGUGGAGUUGGUAACCUUCGAUGAAGCUAUUUCAACUGCUGACUUCAUUUCAUUGCAUAUGCCUCUUACUCCUUCCACAUCCAAGAUUCUCAACGAUGAGGCUUUUGAAAUGAAGAAAGGAGUACGAAUUGUAAAUGUUGCUCGAGGUGGUGUCAUUGAUGAAGAAGCUCUAGUCAGAGCCCUUGAUUCUGGCAAUGUGGCACAGGCUGCUCUCGAUGUCUUCACCGAAGAGCCUCCAUCUGCUGACAACAAAUUAGUGCUGCAUGAAAAUGUAACUGUAACACCACAUCUUGGUGCCAGCACAAUGGAAGCACAGGAAGGAGUAGCCAUUGAAAUAGCUGAAGCUGUUGUGGGUGCCUUGAAAGGGGAACUUGCUGCUACUGCAGUAAAUGCACCAAUGGUUCCUGCUGAGGUCCUCUCGGAGCUGGCACCAUUUGUUGUUCUGGCAGAAAAGCUUGGCAGGCUUGCUGUCCAGCUUGUGGCUGGAGGUAGUGGAGUAAAAUCAGUGAGGGUGACCUAUGCAUCUGCCAGAGCUCCUGAUGAUCUUGACACUAGGCUACUUCGUGCCAUGAUCACCAAGGGUCUGAUUGAGCCCAUCUCUAGCAUGUUUGUAAAUCUUGUAAAUGCUGAUUUCACAGCCAAACAAAGAGGGGUCCGCAUUACAGAAGAGAGAAUUGUGUUGGAUGGCUCACCUGAGAACCCUCUAGAAUUCAUACAGGUUCAGAUUGCCAACGUGGAGUCGAAGUUUGCAAGUGCAAUGUCUGAGACUGGGGAAAUAAGAGUGGAAGGGAGAGUAAAGGAUGGGAUACCUCGUCUAACCAAAGUAGGAUCAUUCCAAGUGGAUGUAAGCUUGGAAGGAAGCCUGAUCCUCUGCAGGCAAGUUGAUCAGCCGGGGAUGAUUGGGACAGUAGCGAGCAUCUUGGGUGAGCAGAAUAUAAAUGUUAGUUUUAUGAGCGUCGGAAGGAUUGCCCCUCGGAAGCAUGCAGUUAUGGCAAUCGGUGUUGAUGAGGAGCCAGACACAGAAACUCUGAAGAAGAUUGGGGAGAUACCAGCCAUUGAAGAAUUUGUUUUCCUCAAGGUUUAGCAAAGUCACUGCCAUCUUCAGAAACCGCAACCCCCAAUUUUGACGCACAGGAACUUAUGGUAGUAAUCUAGAGUAUUUCAGAGAACUCGGAAUAAAUUUGUCACAUUCUCGGGCUUUUCUUGGUAGUAUUAGAUGCAACCCUUCGUUUUGAUUGUGUUUGCUGUUAAUUGAUCAAGCAUGUGUGCUAUUCAGUAAUAGUGUACUUCAUAUUUUCAUACAGAAUGCUUUUGUAAUUCUGAAAUCCUUGGCAUUUGACGUUUGAUACAAAAGCCAUAGACCUCAUCUGGACCCUCGAGGACCUAGAAGUCAUCCUCAAGUUUCCAUUUGAGCUGAAGUUCAAGGUUAAGAAACAGUAGAGGCAGCCAGGGAUAAAACGACAUUCCGAUGACGCAUGGUCACCGGGGUUGAUGAAUUUGUCGAGAUUCGAUCAUUGAACUCGAUAUUCCUAGUGAACCGGGCCUUCCCGGUGAGGGAUCCUGGAGGACCGGUUGCCUCUGCCUGGCCUCGAACACCAAGAUUGCUGGUCAUCGUUCUUCUGUCAGGAACAUGCUCCGUACCUCUUCGUCACUUCCGCUCGCUGGUUCUGUCAUCAUUUUCAAGUGUCACCAGGAAAGUUCUGUUUAUUGUGAUGGUAUUCCAAUUCUGUAUCCUUUCAGAUAUUUGUUCUGCACUGUGUUUCUUAAAAGAAGUUGCAUUGCUCUAGG